UACUCACUCCACUCUUUCAUUUCUCUCUUCUUUCUCUCUCUACUUUCUCUCUCUACUGCAACCAAAAAAAGCGCAGCUUCUCUCUCUAAAAAAAAACAACCACUUUCUCUCUCUAAGCUUCUCACUCACUCCUUCUCUCUCUAAACGCCAGAAGCGUGGUUUGAGAUCGAGUCGGUUCCUGGUUUCCUGUGGUUUUACUCGGAAGGUCUUUCGGUCAUGGCCAUGAAAAUCUGAGGAACUGCUUUUGAGAGAAUGCGGAGUAAGAGGUGACGUUUUAUGAUUAGGAGUUCAAUUGCAGUGUUUAUUUUUGAGCAUGGGAGCUGCUUGUUGUGUGGCUGUUAAGGAGAAGACUAUAACAAAUGGGUCGACUAGUGAAAUUUUGCAUCGGAAUAUUCGAUGUUCCCCAACAUGGAGCUUUCGAUGGGAUCAUAGAGGACGGGUUGCGGGAGAAGAGACUUCAAUGAGUUGGUUUUCUGAUGGGGUCAGCAGGAAUGACGGAUCUGAAUCUAAAUUUGAAUCAGCAUAUGUUUCAGAGGAAGGAAGUCCAUUAGGUCAUUCUCGAAGGCGUACAUCACAGAAGUCCUCAUUUUCGGAGGGAGCUGCUGGGCAGUCAAGAACUCCUGCCUCAGAUAAAUCUGUUAGAAGAAAUGCUUCGAUGGAUUCAAGUCUAGAGCAGACAAAGGAGCUGACUGAAUCCCCUACAGUCUCAUAUCCAUCUCCUGCAAAGUUGUCAGUUUCGAUACCAUCUACUUCAUCCUUCACUGCAUCCCCUUUGUCAUCACAAGGUCAAGUUCCUCCUGCCAACUCAACUCCUUUGAGGUGGCCUCGUCAUUCUCCUGGACAUCAGUUGUCAAGGCAAGAAUCUGAUGCACAAAUCCCGGGAUUUAAAUCACCAAAUAGCUAUUCAGUUUCUGAAGAAAGGGCAGCUCUUCCCUCUUGGAGCAAUGAAUCAACUAGGGGAUCUCGAGGAGGGUCUUCAGAUGGUUGGUCAAUGAAUGCGUUUUCUGAGCUAAUGGCUAAUUCAAAUAGAGAAAGGUGGUCUUUUGACAGCGAGUCAUUUGGUUUUAAUCGUGAGAAGAUGACUAGAGCUGGUAGCCGAGUCUUAGCCUCUCCUUCUGCUGAUUUGCAAACAUGCGGUGUUUGCUCAAAGCUUUUGACCGAGAGAUCUUUAUGGAGCAGCCAAAAGAUUAUUGCUUGUAAUGAACUCUCUGUUGUUGCUGUCUUAGUUUGCGGCCAUGUUUAUCAUGCUGAAUGUUUGGAAAAUAUGACACCUGACAUUGACAAAUACGAUCCAGUUUGUCCAAUUUGUACUUUUGGGGAGAAACAAACCCACAAGUUGUCAGAGAAAGCAAUAAAACACGAAAUAGAUUCGAAGGCUAAGAACAGGAAAUUGAGGAACCGGGUUGUGGAUCUUGAUGGUGAUACUGUCGUGUUUGAUCACUCUAAAAGUAGUGGAAAUCAAGGAAAAGGUCCUACAAUGGCAUCCAGCUCAAGCAUGAAAACCUCCGUGGGGAAGCCUUUUUUGAGGCGCCACUUCUCGUUUGGUUCAAAGAGUGGUCGAGCCAUAUCAGAUAAUAAUCCUGCUACGAGAAAGAAGGGUUUUUUCUGGGCGAAAUCAAGUAAGAUGUGAGCUACUAUACUAUGAAAAAAAAAAGCUUUUUGUGGGAGGUUAGCAUCUCUUUUUUCCCACGCAAUAUUGCUUACAUCAGUUAGAUUAAACACAGUAGAGAUUCUUACUUGUUGCUUGGAUAAUUAAUUAGUUCACACGCCUCUGUAUCUUAUUGUCCCUCUCGGCUUUGUCGGGAACUGAGCUAUGCGUAGAGCUAAAAAAAAUUAAUGAUUUUAUCAAGUUUACAAUUGGUUUCUGAAUCUGGAGAUUGUGAAGAAUUUAGAAGUCAUUUUAUUCAUAUCUCCCCCCAAAAAAAAAAAAACUUGCAUUAGCUUUACAAAACUCAGAAUUCAACAUGAUUUGGCUUGUGGGACUGUAUUGUAAAGUUUGUUGGAAAGAAAAAAGUAUUAUUCUAUAGAAGAAACACUUCUUUAUAUAUGGUGGGGAAAAAAACCAAAAGAAAAGGGGUCUUAAAUUAGAGAGAGUUGAAUUGGUUUUCAUAUUGUGAGAUUUGUAGUACAAAUCUCAUUCAUGUUUGUAUAUAUUAUUAUUAUUAAUAAUAACUAAUAAUUUGUUUUUGA